CGUUAAGAAUUGUUUAAUCAGAUUCUUUAAAAAAUGUAGAUUUCAAGAAAGUAAUAUAUUAGAUUUUUGAAGUUUAGACUGAAUUGUCGGUUUUUUCAUUAAUUUACAAUUAUUUAUAUUGAAUAAAAAAUUGAUAUGAAUAAUAAAAUUAAAAAAGCAAAAAGAAAACUUUACUAUGUAAAACAAACCUUGCGAUUGGAUUUGUGUUGAAUGUAGAAACUUAAAUUACUCAUUCAGAAAAAUUUGUAAUAGAUGUCAGUAUAGUACAAGAGAUGCACCAGGAACUCGAUUUAUCCCAAAUAAAAUAGAUUAGGGAUAAUAAAUACUUGAAACAAUUAAACUUUAAUAAAUAGAUUUAGGAGGAAGCAGUCAUAGUUCUACAGAUAGCAAUGAUGAUGAUGAUGGAGUUUUCUCUUAAGCCUUAUUUCUUGAAGAUUUAUCAAAAAAUUCUGAAAGCGUUAAAAAAUCAUUCUCUUUCUUGAAAAAAUGUUAAGUUUGCUGCAAUUAGAACUACUUUUACUAAUAAAAGUGUAGAAAUUGUGGAUAUUCUUUAUUAAUUUGAUUCUUUAUUUUAAAAUUAUAUUUGAG